CAAAAUCUCUGACUUAAUUUUCAUAAUUUGUUUUGCAGAAUGCUGCUUUGACAGCGAUUGACAACAUGUCGAACGUUGCUAAAAUAGCCCAAAUAUCACUCUGCAAUGCAAGACAUUGUUUAGAAACUAAAAAUUAUGGCAGAGCCUUUUCCAACUAUCUCUUGUUUCUAAAAUUGAAAUCUGAUGAGUCCCAUUCAGUUUUUACAGAAUUUGCACUUGCUUCUAAAGAGUGGUUCGAGCAACUGGAGGAGGAAAGAAGAUUUGAAGACCUUUUUAAAAGUUACGACCAAGCAUGUGUUCUUUUUCCAAACCAUGAGGUUGUUUACAACAAUAUUGGAGCACAACUAUUCCGAUUAGGAUAUGUACAAGAAGCAGCAGCGUACAUACGGAAGUCUUUGCUGAUAAGCCCUGACUAUCUGGCAGCAAGAGAUAACCUUGAGAACAUAUGCAGUCAUCUUGUGGAGCGCUGGCAUUUUGCCAUGCUGAAUGACAGAAAGAGAAAUAAGUCAUACAGGUUUGCCAUUCACAAGGCCAUAAAGUCUGGCUACAACUCUGUGCUUGACAUUGGAACAGGGACAGGAAUUCUAAGCUUGAUGUGCUCCUCUGCCGGGGCGCAUCACAUAACGGCCUGUGACAGUUCCCAAGCGAUGAUUGAUGUUGCCAGAGAUGUGCUCCUGGCAAAUGGAGCCCAGAACAAAGUACACCUCCUUCACAAACAUUCCACAGCCUUGCAAUUGCCCACAGAUAUUCCAGAAAGAGUGAAGCUUGUAGUCACAGAGACGUUUGAUGCUGGUUUGUUUGGGGAACAUAUCGUGUCAACUCUUGUUCACGCAUGGAAGAAUCUUCUGUCUACUAGCCCUACUGGUACUGUAAUUCCAUGUGGGGCUACAGUCUAUGUGUGUGGCAUUGAAUGUGAUACCAUCAGGGCAAAAACAAGGCUGCUGUACCCGGUGUUACAGCACAUUGACCUCGGGUGUGUGAACCUUGUGUGCUCCACGGGCAGGGUUGGGGAGGAGCCAUACACCACAGAGAACCUCGCUAACAUCUGUGGGGGCUACAAGAUACUCACCAACAUAUCCGAGCUCCUCCGUGUCAGCUUCUGUAACCUCUGUGAUCUAGAGUCCUUACACAAAGGGAAGGACUGGAUCUGUGAGCUGUUUUUGCGGAGGCAGGGCAGGCUGGAUGCCCUGGCUGUCUGGUUUGACCUUCACCUUGAUGACACCAUCACCAUAGGAACUGGGGCAGACUCCCAAAGCUGCUGGGAACAGGCCAUAUACCCUGUGUCAGCUGUCCACCUAACUGGAGAUCCAGAUCAUGAAAAUUACCAUGUUAGAAAGAAAGACAAACUAGUGACCAAAUUCCAUUUUGAGCAGGACUGUUUGAGAUUGACCAAAUGUGACUUGGUAUUGUCCCAGCCUCAAAAUGUGGUCACAAAGCCAACAGCCGGGACAUCAGCAUCGGCUGACAAUUCCAGUUGCCAUGGUGACACAGAAACUGGAUCUGGGGUCUCAGUCAGGGAAUGCAGCAUGAAUAAUCUACCGUUUAGGAAACGCAAAGUUGAAAAUGAUUGUCAGGGAAUUCCAAACUCAAAAACUGCAGAAAACUAUGGAGAGUGCAGUGAACCAGAAAACAAAACUGAUUAUAAAGAAAAUGAUAAAUUGUUUAAAGUUGAACAUGAAACAUGUUCAUCACAACUGAAACAUGGCAGCUUUGUGAAUAAUCCUGAGGGCAAUGCAACAUACCAAACUGAUAAAGCUGGAACACAUGACAUAACAUUUACUCAAUCAAGUGAUGUACAAAUGGAAGGUGAUGGAAACGAUGUACUGUUUGACAUGUCAAAAUGUUCCUUAAAAUCUAGUUACAACAUUUCCCAGAAGUUAGAGUUUGUAACGGAGACUUCGGAAAUAGAAUAUGUAAAUGAUAUUCACUUAAACAAGCAGUAUUGCCAUGUGUUAGAAAAGUUUGUGUCUGACAGUGAAAAGAAGGAUAUUUCUUUGCUUUAUAUCACUCCCAGAUUAUCAUUCCUUGGAAUUCAGGCUGUCAAGAUGGGCUUCAAAUCUGUCACCAUGGUGACCAUAGAAGAACAUUUCCCCAUCAUACAGCAGGUAGCUGGUGUAAACGGUUGUGAGAAGGGGAGUGUGUGCCUUGCGGAGUUAUCUGCACUGCAAGAGCUAGAGAUGCAGGCAGAUUUGGUGGUGUGUGACCUUGUUGAUCCAUGUGGAGCUUUCAGACAGCAGGCACUGGAGGACUUAAUUUUUCACAAAAUCACAAGUCUAGCUCCAUCUGGGAAGGUUUUGCCUGUGGAGGUGAAGAUCCAUGGUCUAUUUAUAGAAUCAGAGGAACUGGAGAAUCUGAGUCAUGUGACAGGAAAUGACAAAACACUCGACUUCAGAAUAGCAGAGUUCAUCAAUGUCUUUCAGAUGCAGAACCACCUGAAUAUUGACCUUACAACUCUAAACUACACAAAACUCACUGAUGUUACUGAGCUGCUCUCAAUUGACCUUGCUAGCAUCACUGUAGAAACAGGACCUGAAGUUCUUGACCUCAAUGUAGAAAGGUCAACAGAGGUCAUAGCCUCUGGGAAGGUCACAGCCCUAGUCUAUUGGUUUGAAAUGAGACUUGAUAAAGACACCGUAGUUAACACCCUGGAUGCACGUUGCCAUUGGAAACAGGCAGGAAUAAUGAUUAAGGAUGACCUUGUGGUGGGUCACAGUCAGACCCUAGUGGCCAAAGUGGUCUUGCAGAACAGUUGUCUGGAUGUAAAGAUUAUUAAACCAGAACAUACAAAUGGACAUUGAUUUGCCUAGCAACGAUACUAUUUUUACUAUCAACUAUAAAUAUUUAUUUAUACGCAUGUUGUAACAAAUUGCUAUUAAACAUUCAGUAUA